CGGUGCGCGCCAGUAACGUGAAGCAGUUGGAAACACCAGAAGGGGGAAAGGAAAGGUAGACUAGCGACAGAUAAGAGCAGAGGUAGGUUUGCGACGCAGGACUGAUUUAAUACACUACGAAGUAACGUAAGCGCGAAAUAGUCUACUUAUCUCAAAUACCAGUCUCGCUGAUGUUGUUUCUGUUUCUUUUUAGACCGGAUUGAUGACUUCAGGAUAAAGCUCGUGUUCUUAGCUAGCCACUGUAAGUUAGCUAGUUAGUUGUUAGUUAGUUACUUCCCUUUAUUGCGCGUACUGCUGCUGUAUCACCAUUAGCGCAGCAGUCAUUUGAAGCGCAGUACUGUUUCCGGUUGGGAAAUCAAAUGAUAACAAAGCAGGAGUGAAUCUAGAUUCUGUGUUGAGAUGUGGCCUGCGUUUGAUUGACAGUCAUGGGAGGAUGCGUGGGGCGCGAACGCGCGGAGUCAGACGCACGCGCCUCGAGGACGCAGAGGAAACGUGGAGGUCGUAAUGAGCCGCUGAAGAAAGACAAGCUGAAGUGGAAGAGCGACUACCCCAUGACGGAGGGCCAGCUCCGCAGUAAGAGAGAUGAGUUUUGGGACACGGCUCCAGCGUUCGAGGGGCGCAAGGAGAUCUGGGAUGCCCUGAAAGCUGCCGCUGUGGCUCUGGAGUGUAACGAUCAUGAACUGGCUCAGGCUAUCGUGGACGGAGCCAACAUCACAUUACCACACGGAUCCCUGACCGAGUGUUACGAUGAACUCGGCAACCGUUACCAGCUACCGGUUUAUUGCCUGGCUCCGCCUGUCAACCUGAUCACAGAAAGAAGUGAGGAAGACCUGUCAGAAAACCCUGAGCCCCUGACGACGCAGAAGAAGGAGUUCCAGCUGAAGGUGCGGCUCUCCAGCGGGAAAGACCUGCGUCUGAACGCCAGCAUGUCCGACAGCAUCGGCCUGCUGAAGAAGCAGCUGCAAGCUCAGGAGAACAUUGAGCUGGCACAUCAACGCUGGUUCUUCUCUGGAAAGCUCCUCACAGACAAAACCCGCCUGCAGGACACCAAGAUCCAGAAGGACUUUGUGAUCCAGGUCAUCGUGAACCAACCGACACCAAACCAAUAAGACUGAGCGGACCGAAAGAUAAAGGACCAAACCACAGCAGCUGAGAAACGUUUUGCACAAAAAUGAAUCGAGACGGACAAGCGGCUUGAUCCUGCUGUUUUAAAAUGCCCCAAAAUCUAGGAAAAACUAAUAAACCAAAUGCAACGGA